GGGGGGGGGGGUAAAAAGGGUGGAAAAGGUAGAGAAAAGUUUGUGAGGGUUUGAGGCACAGUUAAUUUUGUUCAGAAAGUAGUGGGUUUUAGCAUCAGUUAUGUGGGCAGAGAAGGGUUUGAGGAGGGAGUGAUACUUAUCAAGGUCCAGACCGUUUAUGGACUUGCGCCAUUUCCUCUCAGCUGCCCGAAGGAUGGACCAUUCUUCAUGAAUAACAUCCGCGUGGCUUGAAGAGAGGUUUGAUAUGCCCUUGCAGAGCCUUCGAAGUCCUCUCAACCUGCGCCCUGGGCCUGGGCCGGCUGAUGUACUCCAGUAUGACCAGUGGCUGUCUGUACGUCACGAGGCCACGCUGGUACCUAUGCAGGAAGACCUUGCCAUCUGGCUCACAGGCAUGCUGGGAGAGGAAGUAAGAGCGGAGAAUUUCAUGGAGGAGCUUAAUAAUGGAGUUAAGCUAUGCCAGUUGAUUGGAGUACUGCAGAGCAAGAUUGCAGCGGGUGCUCCUUCCAACAUGAAGAAAGGGUAUACAACGGCGUUUCCUACGAGGAAGGUGGUAUGUAAGAGGGAUGCUUCACCAGGGUCCUUCUUUGCCCGAGACAACACAUCCAACUUUUUGGGUUGGUGCCGACGCAUAGGUGUGGAAGAGACAUACCUGUUUGAGUCAGAGGGAUUGGUGCUGCAUAAGGAGCCUCGCCAGGUGUGUCUAUGUCUAUUGGAGAUAGGACGCAUUGUUUCGAAGUAUGGCGUUGAGCCUCCUGUUCUGGUGAAAUUUGAGAAGGAGAUUGAGCUUGAGGAAACUCUGUUGAUGACAAAGGAGCCAAUCCCAGCAGUAAAAACCUUUACACUGUGCUGCCAACAUGGUGGCCUAUAUCAGGAGCAGGGCAUCAAUGACCGUCCUUGUAACUGCUCUAACAGAGUAUCUAUUGAGUAUCUGGCAGAGGGACGGUAUAGACUGGGAGACAAGACCCUCUUUAUCCGGAUGCUGCAUGGAAAGCAUGUGAUGGUGCGUGUAGGAGGAGGCUGGGAUACCCUGGGGGGUUUCCUGCUCAAGUAUGACCCCUGCCGUGUUCUCCAGUUUACCACUCUGGAACAGAAGAUCUUGGCCUACCAGAAGGGUCCGCCUGGCUAUGGCCAGUCCCCAGCCCCUCCGCCUGAGAUGGAUCCAUUAACGGCUGUCAACCUCAUCCUUUCUUUUUCGUCAUCCUCCUCAUCCUCUGCUCUGGCUUCUUGUAGAUCCCACGUCACUUCUUCUGUUUCUACCCCUACUAUGCCCAGGAAGACAGACAAAAAACUCCAGAUUCUUGCUCCCUUCACCAAAAAAUACAACGAUCAACCCUUGCGUAUCCUUAAAACAUCGCCUAAUCUGUUUCCAGAUGGAUCAGUAAAGUCAGUCUCCAACUCUUCACAUGAUCAAAGCCAUCACAAAGCUACGCUCUCAUUCUCAUCCCCUGGUACUACCCCCACAACUUCAUCAACCAAGCCAGCCAUUAAAAUAAAGCUUUGGCCUUUGCAACACCCCCCCCUUUCUCAACGCAGAAGCCCUGUGUGUCCUGAGACAUCUCGUAAAUGUCUCAAACCUUCCACCACCACCACCUCCAUGCCUCACCUCUCAACUGCUCCACUACUGGCCCUUGCCCCGAAAAAUGCCUGUACCCCAUCUGAAGCCUUGCAACGCUCUUGCUUGGCUCAGAGACGUCCUGGCACCACAACCUCAGCUUUUCAUUUAGAGAUGGGUAAGCAACCAUGUCUGGCCCAGUUGGCACCAGCAUCAACCCCAAUACCCAGACUGGCAUCAGCUGCCAGGACUCUGGCCCCCAAUGCCAAAACAAUCUCCACAGUCCCGAACAAGUCCACCUCUUCCCAUCCCUCACUCCUAAAGUGCAAAGCAACCACAGUCAAAAGCAAGGGGCAGGCUCCAGUCAGGGCUGUUCCAAAAGCAGUGGUGACAUUGCAAAGUGGAGGCAGUCCUAGGCGAGCUCCCAGAGGGCUAAGUGGCACCUCCUGUGCUCCCAAAACAGCCAAUCAGAGAGCAACACCAAGGGCAACAAUCACACAAAGGGCUGGGCAGAGACAAAUGGAUAAUACUUACACUCUAAAUCUUGGAAGGGUGAAGAUUAAGCAAGUAGCAACUGCAAAAGCAACAAUUGCAAAAGCAACAAAAGCCAGUCAGACGGUCAAAGUCCUUUCCUCCUAUAAGAAUGCCCAGCUUCCAAAGAAGACCCAUCUGCUUCCAAAACAGAUCAUCCAUCUCAAAAGUAAGAUUGAGGACCCUUAUUUUGAAAUGAACAGUAAGAGAAGGCAAAAGACAGUCACGGGGUGUGAAUUGUGAUAUAGGGAAGGUGGCUUUGUGUUGCAGUUUUUUUGGGGGGGAUAAUUGUGGAUUAGCAGGCUAGUGGAUUUAGGCUAACUCGUCAUUGCCAAGGUAUAGAUUCAGAAAGGGGUCAUUGAUAACACUAGUUAUCAGCAGUCUAAAUAUCUAUAUUACCUCAAGUUUAGCAUUUUUCUAUAGAUAUAUUUAUUUAUUUGUUGGCUUCAAACUCUAUCUUAUUUUAUAUUUUUUGUUUAAAUGUCACUGUUUGUAUUGCAUGCAUAUGUAUUAAGAAUAGGGACGUGCACAGGAAUUUUGAAGAGCAGUUGUUCUGGCCUGAAAAAAAGGGCAGCCCCCCCUCCAACAAAACCCAAAAUAGUGAUAGGAUUUAGAAGUUUAACCAUUUUGAAUGAAAUAAUUCAUGUGAUGCAUUACUUUUAUCAUUCAUUCUUCUUGUUAAAACGAAAUGUUAUAAACUAACAUGUAGCUUAGUUUUCCUACCAAAAUAUUAGCAUGUGAUAACAGGCUGGUUGUCUGGUAGGCAAGCUGUCUGAUUAUUUAGGCUAAACAUGGCAAACUGAGCCGGAUUUAUGAACAUUUUAACUCAUUUCAUAAAACUUGAUGAUGAUUGUUUGUUUGUUAUAAAUUUCUACAACUUAAAACUCACCAUUUCUGACAACGUCAAAGCAGUUUUUUCAUCUACACCGAAGAAAACAACCGUGACCAUCUCUUAAGGGCAAAAAAUGGAGGGUCAGGUGGCGGUCGCAUGCAGUACUGCAGAGUAAACAGAGUAGGGGGGCAUACCCCCCCCCCCUCCCUCUGCCACUCUUGUUGCCCAAAGGCUUAUCGAUUGGAACUGAAUAAGGCUACUUUAUGAAAUGUUUCGGUUGGCGAUUUUUUUUACAUCUAGGUCUUCAUGAAAUUCUGCAGCUGUUUAAAUGUACUAUUUAUUUAUUUUCCCUCGGAGGGGCACAUUGACUUGAGGAGGACAAACGGGCAGUUGCCUGGGCAACCUUAGCCACAACCUGUGCACGUCCCUAAUUAAGAAUGUUUCUGUACUCACAGUGUGGUACUUCAGUUUAACUUUUGGUGCAGAAAUGUGUUUUAAAAUUAUUCUUUAUUUCUAUAACCAUUUUUGUAUCGUAUUAUUUGUCAUGGCUUUCAGUGUUCCAAGCAAAGCUACUGGAUAGUUUUGGAUUUGUGUAAGACUGGGCAGCUGGUGUCUUUCUUAUUCCCAUGAGAAACUGGUAGAAUUUGAUCUAAAGGGCUGAACUGGGGUAAACAAAUCUUGGAUUUUGAAAGGUAAUAGCCUUUCUAACAGUAUUGUACGUUGGCUGUUUCAAAUAUUUUUGAAUAUUUCUAUGGAAUGGUAAUUCACAUUUUAAAUAUGUUUUUUAAAAUCUUUAAAUAUGUUAAUAUAUGUAUAGGUGGAGGUAAGAACCAACCAAAGUCUCUCAUUGAUGAAUGAUCUAUUGUUUCUUUAUCUUGAAGAAUUUAUGAAUGAUGUCUGUUUUACAAGUGGGUGAAUGAAUAAGUUAUAUAAUGUUCCAUGUGUGCGUUUCUCAGAAAUGAUUUAAUACUGAGUAGCAUAAAAAAGGUACAAACAUCAAUUUUUGCUUGCACCUUUUUUCUAAAGGUGUUUUUUGUUAGGGGUUGAUUAAAGUACAAGCACAAUUUUAUUUUUCAUUAUUUUGAAGCCACAAACAAAAUACAAUAGGCAUAUUUUAUUUACAUACAUCUGCUUCUUAGUUACAUGUUGUCUUAUCAUUGUGGUCAGAACCUUUACUAUUCAUCUUUUUGUCUCAAUUUGAUUGUCAAUUUAGUUAAAUAUAAUUUUUGUCUGUAUUUGUUCUUGGUAAAUAAUAGGGUGUGUGUAUCACAAGUCAUUACUUUAGAAUUUUAGAUGUUAAGAUGUUUUCUACAAACAAAAGGUCAAUGACAACUGAAAAGGGAUUGGCAUGCUUAAUCUGAUUGAGUAUGAUUAUAACAGUGUUAUUCUUUAAAGAUUGCUGCAACGUAAUCUCAAACUGUUCAUUAUUUUCUGACAAAGAGGGGGACGGAUAGCAUGAUUAGGAUAGUUUUCAUGAAAUAAAUAUUGAACAGGUUUUUUA